AUGAAAACAGCUCAGGGAUUAGAUAUUCCUGACGCCCAGGCUGCAUAUGAUGCUUUGUCAUCGACAGAGACUACAAUCAAGUUCUUUUAUGUACCGGCUGAAACAAUUAAGUCUUUAGAUCCAUCAAUAGUCUACAACCUGACAUCUUUACCGGGGACGAUGAAAAUCCAUCAAUUGAUUACCUGCGGAAAGUACAAACUCAAGUAUAGAGAUCUUAGUUGUUUCUGCGAAAAUGCUAGUGGGAAUUGCGAAUGCCAUUUUCCUAUUUACUACGACUUCGCGGAAAAAUCGGAUACUGACAUUGAAUUCGCUGAAAGUGAUGCAUCGGAUGUCUUGUCCGAUGUUUCUAGAAAUACUUACCUGGAUUAUUUCGAUGAGAUUACACAUGUCGACUACUUUGAUGCAAAAUCAGGUUCUAAUCACUUUCAUAAAUACAUUGAUCCAAAGAAGAAAAUUAAUGUUUUGUCGAAUGUAAUUAUACAAAAACCCUUCCGAAUUUCAAAUAAUUAUGUUGAAACACAAUAUGUUACGAAAACUGAUAAAAAAACCCCAACAAAAGACCUGGAGGAUGUUCAGCAAGAAUACAACACGACAGAAAUAUUAGAUAUCAACAAAGUUACCCCUUUGUCUGAAAUAAAACAUAGUGAAGAAAAUAAGGCUCAUUUAAAUUUACGUUUGAGUAAAAUAUUCUUUGCAGAAGAGAGAAAAAUCAACCAUGCCAAUAAAGAAAACAAUGCUAUUCCACCCACUUCUAAAACAAGCAGUGAAGUUUGCACAAUUGAUUAUACUGACCGUGAAUUUAUUAUAGGAUAUCCAGUAAACACCGAACAACCAAUUCAGAUACAUCACAUACAGAAUAACUUGAAUGAAAAUGAGACACAUACAAACGAAAACCAAAUGGCUAAAACUCCAGAUGACUGCAAAAUUAAGAUAGUUGAAAAGACAAGCGCGAUUGAAAAAGAAACUGGAGAUGAUUCUAAAAAUAUAAAAACUAAUUUUAAAGAGGCAAAUGCUCAAGAAACAAUGGGCUUAGAAGUUGACGCUAGUGUUAUAGUCCGAUAA